GCUUGCACAAAUCCGCUACUACGUCCUAUCGCUUGGCUGAUGAAAUUGAAUGGUAGAUGUGGUAGGCGUCCGAUCACUGUCUCUGAUAGCGGAUUUCCAUAAGUCUGGUAACAAUUAGAGAUAGGGGAAUGAAACAAAAAUGGCACAAAUGUUUCACUGAAUUGGACAAAAUAGCCGCGAAAGAUCAAAAGAAACAUAACUGAACUUUUGUUAUAUAUUUUGAGUGGCGUUAAUUAUAUAUGGUACAUAUUUUUAAUUAUUUGAGGUGUUCGUUAUCACUUAAUUAUAAAUUGGUAUAGUAUUGUCGCACACCUGCAAUGGCGCGGCACGAUAACAUUGCGACGCAAAGUCAAGCUUCCAGCAUUUGGGGCCAGACACAAAGCCAGCCGAUCGAGAAUAUAAUUUGGGGGCGCCUAUAUGGAAAGAAUAUAAAAAUGAAUUCGAUUGAUCUGAAUUCCGACGAGUUUACUGCUGGUCGCGGCGAUGGAAGUAAUUUGAUGCUAACACUAGAUUAUUUGCCUGAAAGAAUACUGUACCGAAUAUCAAAAGUACAUUUUACAUUAAAACGUGCUAAUUGCGAUAUUUCCAAUCCAGUGUAUAUACAAGACAACUCUCGCAAUGGUACCUUUGUGAAUGGUGAACGAGUAGGUAUUAACAAAUCACGAAUUUUACAAAACGACGAUGUGAUUUCCCUAUGUCAUCCAAUGAACAAAGCAUUUGUGUUCAAAGAUCUCUGUCCAAACGAGGCAUUGGGCUUACCGAAAGAAAUUACAACUGCUUACUAUGUAAGUAGAAAAUUAGGUUCUGGUGCAUGUGGAUUAGUACGUCUGGUUUUUGAUAUACGUACUUGCGACCAAUUCGCUAUGAAAAUAGUUAAAAAAAAUCUACUUAGCGAAUGUAGUGCUAUCACUCGAAAUAAGCCAUCAAAUUCGAAUGAUCCGGAAAAGGUUCUUAACGAGGCGAAUAUAAUGAAGAGUCUGUCUCAUCCAUGUGUCAUAAAAAUGCAUGACAUUAUUGAUAAGCCUGACUCUGUCUAUAUGGUGUUGGAGUUCAUGAAAGGUGGUGACCUGCUCAAUCGAAUUGUGAGCAACAAAAAUCUUACCGAACAGAUAUCAAAAUUGUUCUUCUUCCAAAUGUGUCAUGCCGUCAAAUAUUUGCAUGAUAAAGGUAUUAGCCAUCGUGAUCUAAAGCCGGAUAAUGUACUACUGGGUUCUUCCGACGAAGAAACUUUAUUAAAAGUUUCCGAUUUUGGCCUUAGUAAAUUUGUACAAAACGAUUCUGUAAUGAAAACGUUAUGUGGCACCCCGCUGUAUGUAGCGCCUGAAGUACUGCAGACAGGUGGACGAGGAGCUUACACAAAGAAAGUUGACAUCUGGAGUUUGGGCGUAGUGCUUUUUACUUGCUUAAGUGGCACUUUACCAUUCUCGGACGAUUUUGGUACUCCAGCCAGUGAGCAAAUAAAACACGGCAAAUUUCGUUUUAAUCAUCCAUCUUGGAGAAAGGUAUCUCAACGAGCGACUACGCUUAUUAGAGAAAUGUUGAUUGUCGACCCAAAAAGACGCCCAACUAUUGAUGAUGUCUUGAGAAGUAGCUGGUUGAAAGAUAACGAAAUGCUACGUAAAGCUAAAGCUUUGAUGCAGUUGGACGCAAUGGAUAUUGAGGAAGAAGAGAACUUCUUGCAGCCACCAAAAAAGCGCGCCAGGAGAUAAAUUAUGUAUUUUUACGCAAUUCAUAUUCAUUGGCCAGUAUUGUUGAAGUGUAUGUAUGUCUAACGAAAGCUUUCGAUGAUAUAUGCGCGUUAAAGUCUUGGUUUUGCUUAUUUUGUGCCCUUUUAAGUUGUUUUAAUUACAUCCCAUGAAGUUUUGGAUCACUACUAUAUGGAUAAUGGUACUUUUAUUUUUAACAUUAAUAUGAAAUUAUCUAUUUGACAUGCAUGAGCACUCCUAACUGAUGUUUUUUGCUAAAUUCUACAACAAAUUAGUUUAAAGGAGGAUUCGAGUAUGCAUUUAAGUCGUAAAUUAUAUUGUUUUUUUUUUUACAAACGGUUUACAAAAAUGUUAUGUGUAAUUCGUUAGAUUUAAGAUAAAUUUUUGAACUUAACGAACAAAAAUACUUAUGUGUCAUAGUAGAAGUAAAAUUUUGUGGUUGAGCGCGUUGCGUGCUACUUUAAAUCUUUGUUAACGUGCAUCGACGAAGCAUAUAUUUAACAAAAUAUAUCUUAUCAGAUGAUGGUACAAAUAGGAUAUUUACAGAUAAAGUUUACACCUAGAUUUAUAAAAAAUAUGUGAAUGUAUCCAAUAGAUCAGUCUUUAAGUUAUUUUCUGGCAGAAAGCACCAAGUUCGCCAGAGAUCCGUUUAUUUUAUCCUAAUGUAUCCAAUAGAUCAGUAUUUAAGUUAUUUUCUGGCAGAAAGCACCAAGUUCACGAGAGAUAAGUUCCCCAAACAUUCAGGUAUAAGUAUUUAAGUAUAUGCCAGCAUUUUAAAAUCAUUUAUACUUGUUGCUUAUUUUACAUUCGAGAAGUAACCAUCGAAUGUAAUAUUUUUAAUUCAAAUAUUACUGUAUUAAUAAAUAUACGGUUAUUCAAAAUCUUGCCCUCUCAAUUUAUUAGGAAAGUAGAUCGGUGGGGUGCAAUAAGGCCACACGCAAUAAAGCCAUAUUGGAAAUAAAGCCAUAUUUUUUUGGUAAUUAGGCCAUAAAUUCGAUAUGGCUUUAUUUCCAAUUACAAUUGGUAAUUAAGCCAUGUGUCUUUAUUUCGCUUUCAAAUUUUUAUAUUUCUUUUAUUUAAACAAUGGAAAAAGUUCGCAACAAAACUACUAAACCGCCUUGAACUACAACGUCACCUUAAACAUGCAAUUACUCUCCUUCGCGUCCAGCCG